GGGACGUUCUGAGAUCCUGGUCCAUUGCCAUGCCGCCACACUUCCUCACAAGCAACUUCCGCGUCGCCUUUGAGGAGUAUUUUAAGCCCGACCAGCAACGCGCCUCCGUCGACAACCUCAUCGCAUACAUCGAGGAGGUGCGCGGCAUGUCCGAGGAGCGGCGGCGCGACCUCGACAUCCUCCGGCCCCAGGACACGACCCAAGAGCAGAUCGACGCGCGCAUCGCCGCGUACCUCGACAAGUGCUACUGGCAGCUGGCGCAGUUCUACAGGUACUCUGUCCCGUGCCGCAUCGCAGAGGCCGAGCCGAGCCUGCGCGAGGUCGUCCGGUACGCGCAGACCAAGGGCGGGAAGAAGGACGUCGCGCCCGAGCUCUUCCUCGCCGUCGCGAUCCACAAGGUCCCGGGCAAGGAAGAAGAGGCGAACGCGCUCUUCUCGUCUGCCUUCGCUCACUUCGACGAGCACGGGCAGCCCGGGCUUGGGCCGCGGUCGGAGCUGUGGGCACGGGCUGCUUGGGCACGACUGCUGAGGCGGACGGGAAAGGUGCGCGAGGCAGAGGCGCAGGAGCAAACUAUCGUUGAUUGGAUCGUGUCACACCCAGCGGUAUUGACCCCGGCGAAGCUCAGCGUCCUCGUCAAGGAUGACGGAGACGAGGGCGUCCUCGGUAACAUCGGCGAGUAUCCGGAGGUAAAGCUCGCAAUUGAGAAGGCCCGCCAACGUGGUAGGAGCACCGAAGAUUGAUGCCAGAGAUCGUGUGUAUGUGCACAUUGCCUUCCCUGUGCGACGCUGCUUCGUGUGGAUUGGAUGGAUAGUAUACCCCGCUGUUCCUUUGGCUCACCCAAUGGCCCACCUCUGUGCGAAUCACGUCGGGACCUUGUUAAGUGACCUCGCUACUAUCACAACGGCACUGCCCACAACUACAGAAAUCGAUGAGGCGCUACAUAUGUCUUU